AAGCCGAUAGCAGAAAAUACUAACCCUGUGGACAAGUUUGUUUGUGGUGGUUGCAAUAGAUUUGUUUGUGCGUAGAAAGCGUAAAUUAUUGCAACGAAAAUCGUAAAACUUGUGCACAACUUAAAACGCGUGUAAUUUGCAAAUCGUACACGCAGCAGCAGCACCACCAGAAGCAGAAGAAUGGACAUCAUGGACAUACAGGCUGUCGAAUCGAAGCUAAGUGACGUCACAGUGACACCAAUACCGCGGUCACAGGUGCAAAACUUUUAUAACUACCAGCAGCAGCGCGAGCAGCGUGAACAACAGCCCCAAAUCCAAAUAUCUGCUAUUCAUCAUUCGCGCAGCGGCGCCAACGCCGGCGGUGGCAGCGCUGCCAGCAACAGUGACUAUGCGAACAGCAGCAGCGCUGUCAGCAGCGGCAGCAAACGUGACCGAAAUGCAUCGAGCAGCGCAGCAGCCACUGCAGCGGCAGCGGCUGCCGUUGCCGCAUUGCAAUAUUCGCCGCAAUUUCUUCAGGCACAGCUCGCGCUGCUGCAGAAGCAAUCGAACACCACUGCCACGCCGUCCGCAUCGUCUGCCGCAGCAGCAGCAGCGGCGGCCUUAUCCCUGGCCAACAUUGCAGCGGCCACCAAUGGACGCAAUCUAUCCAGCACGAGCAGCAGCAACAGCAACAACAAUAGCAGCAAUAACAGCAACAAUAACAGCAAUGGAAACGGUAAUGGGAAUGCUGUAAGCCUUAAUCUUGGUCUGAAUCUCACACAAUCCCAGCUAAAAUAUCCGCCACCAUCCACAUCGCCGGUGGUGGUAACAACACAAACAUCGGCCAACAUCACCACGCCACUGACCUCCACUGCCAAUUUGCCGACAGCAGGCAGCAUCGGUAGCAAUGGACUGAGCAAGUACGCCCAGUUGCUGGCCGUGAUUGAGGAGAUGGGCCGUGAUAUACGGCCGACCUACACGGGAUCGCGCAGCUCGACGGAGCGGCUGAAGCGUGGCAUUGUGCAUGCCAGGAUUUUGGUGCGUGAGUGCCUCAUGGAAACGGAGCGCGCGGCACGGCAAUGAGAAGAGGAGUGCGGCGUGCCGCAGCUGAAGUCACCCGAUUAAGCUCUACACUACACUACACUACAAAAAAAAGAAAAAACACUACACAGCACUACACAAGACACGCACGCGACAUGGGCAUGGUGAAAAGGAAUCUAGCAUUUAAGUGUGACCAGACUAUUAUUAUUUUUUUCCUUUCCCUUUCUGAUUUGCGCUACAAUUUCAAGGACUGAACGAUUCUUGAAAGCUGUUCCUAAUGACACAGAACAUUUUCUACGAAUGCGUAGGCAAAUGCCGAAGUGUCUAUAGCAAGUGCGAUCCGUAACUAAAUCGGCUUCAAAGACAGCAUUCUUAAGGUCGUCGAUAUUUUGGCUAUGAUAUUGCUUUCACUAUGCCUGCUAAAAAGUAACGAGACACGAGUAACGAGUUAUCAGUUGCGCUCGUUAACUUACAAAUUAUGCUUUCAUUGAUUUAUAAAGUAUAUUAUUAUUAUUAUUAUUAUAUUAUAACUUUUCAUUAUUAAACAAUAGCGAAUUCUACGAGCUUCUUACUUUUUUCUUAACUUUUAUUUUGCUUCAUUUCUACAAAGCUGGCAAAUCGGUUGCCGUCGGACCAUAGUUAAAAAAUGUUUAGACUAGCUCAGGUUAUAUAUGUGUAUGUUAUAUAUAAUAUACAAUAUAUAUGUAGGUAUAUGUAUGCAUAUGUAUGUGGAUGUAUACAGAUACGAAGCGGGCCACAAAUAGCUUCACAUUUUCUAAUAUAUAUAUAUAUAUUCUUAUGCAUAAGUCUAGGCUAAGUUUCCUGCGUAUUUGUGUGUUCCAAACGUUGAUGUUGUACAGCUUUAAAUAGGACACUCUAAAUACAUACGUAUGUACAUCAGGACAAAUUGCACAGAUAUUUUAGAUAUAGAUGCCUAUAUAUACAUAUAUACAUUUGUUAUAUAGAAUUUGGAUCUGUCUGCAAAUCACAUUUAAAUACAGAUAUAUCUAUAUACGAGCAUAUGUAUAAGUUCAAGCGUGUAUACCAAA